CCCGCCGGCACCAUGCAGCGAGCCCGCACCCGCGCCCUGCUCUGCCUCGCCCUGGCCGCGCUGCUCGGCCCGCCCGCCCAGGCGUGGUACAAGCAGGCGGCCGGACCCAGCUCCUACUCGGUGGGCAGAGCCUCGGGACUCCUGUCCGGGAUCCGCCGGGCGCCCCACGUCCGCCGCGCCGAGAGCGGGACAGACAGCGCCGAGCACCGCGCCGAGCUGCUGCCCCCCGAGCCGCCGGGCCCCGCGCUCCGGAGCACGACCCCAGCAGCCUCCUAG